CUUGCAGAUCUUCCUAUAAAUAGUAAGGGUUGCCGGCUCAAACUCUUUACAUCCCUCUUCCUUUCUCCUCAUGUCCUAACUUCUCGCUGUUACCAUUUCUGAACUGCGGGGAGAGAUUUCUUCGAUCACCUAGCGCAUUUGCGAUCUCAAGAAAGACGGAAAUGAUAGUGGGAUAAAGCGAAUCCGAUCAUCCUUUCCUAUUUAGACAAUCUUUUCCUAGUGGGCAUCUUUAUCCUUUUUCUCCCCUCUCUUUGGAGGGCAACUGGGCAAGCUUUAAAGGUAGGGUCUGUGAGGGAUAUUCUUAGCGACUUCGGUUAGAGGCUCAUUGUGCGAGUGUUGAGAGCGAGAGAGAUGGGGAAGGCGGUGGUGGCAGCGGUGAUGGCGGGGGCGACGGCGGUAUGCACGGUGGCGGCGCUGGUGGUGCGGCGGAGGAUCCAGAGCGUGGUGCGGUGGGCUCGGGCGGUGGAAAUUGUGAAGGAACUGGAGGAGCGGUGCGCCACCCCGAUCGGGCUACUGAAGCAGGUGGCGAACGCGAUGGCCAUGGAGAUGCAAGCCGGCCUCGCCUCGGAGGGCGACAGCAAGCUCAAGAUGCUCAUCAGCUACGUCGAUAACCUCCCCUCUGGGGAUGAGAAAGGGCUGUUUUAUGCUUUGGACCUUGGAGGAACAAAUUUUCGUGUUUUGCGUGUACAACUGGGUGGAAAGGAAAGGCAUGUUGUAAAACAAGAAUCCACAGAGGUCUCCAUUCCACAACAUUUGAUGGUUGGAAGUUCAGCUGAACUAUUUGAAUUCAUUGCUGCAGAAUUAUCAAAAUUUGUUGCUUCAGAAGGUGAUGAUUUUCAUCUAUCUGUGGGCAGUCAGAGGGAAAUUGGUUUUACAUUCUCUUUCCCAGUGAAGCAAUCUUCCAUUGCAUCAGGCACUCUUGUUAAGUGGACUAAGGGCUUCUCCAUUGAUGAAAUGGUUGGAAAAGAUGUGGUUGUUGAAUUGACGAAGGCUAUUGAAAAGCAAGGUCUUGAUAUGCGUGUGGCGGCAUUAGUCAAUGAUACUGUUGGGACAUUGGCUGGAGGCAGAUACUAUGAUAAAGAUGUUGCUGUUGCUGUUAUAUUGGGUACAGGAACAAAUGCAGCAUAUGUAGAGCAUGCGCGUGAGAUUCCCAAGUGGAAUGGUCUCCUACCAAAAUCUGGAGACAUGGUUAUCAACAUGGAAUGGGGCAACUUCUGGUCUGCUCAUCUUCCUAUCACAGAAUAUGAUCAAGACUUGGAUCUUGAAAGUUUAAAUCCUGGUGAACAGAUCUUUGAGAAGUUAAUUUCAGGAAUGUAUUUGGGAGAAAUUGUACGUAGAGUCCUAUUGAAAUUGGCUGAAGAGACUUACCUUUUUGGCGACACUGUUCCAAGCAAACUUAGAACUCCUUUUAUACUCCGGACCCCGGAAAUGUCUGCCAUGCAUCAUGAUGCAACAUCUGAUCUCAGAAUAGUUGGGAGCAAGCUGAACAAUAUCUUAGGGAUCACUGAUACCUCCCUGAAAACAAGAAAACUGGUUGUUAAGACCUGUGAUAUCAUCGCAAAGCGUGGGGCCCGCUUGGCUGCUGCAGGAGUAGCGGGUGUGCUCAAGAAGCAGGGGAGAGACACUGCUGGUGGUGGCAAGCAGAGGACGGUGGUUGCCAUGGAUGGGGGACUGUUUGAGCACUACACUAUAUUCAGCAAGAGCUUGGACAGCACUCUCAGAGAGCUGCUUGGGGAGGCAUCACCGUCUGUUGUAAUCAAGCUUGCUAAUGAUGGUUCUGGCAUUGGAGCUGCACUCCUCGGAGCCUCUCACUCUCAGUACAAGGAGGAGGUCUAUGCAUCCUGUAAAAAAAAAAAAAAGCUUUUUUUUUUUUAAAAAAAAAAUUUGGAGCAUAGGAAAAGACUGCUUUUUGACGUCCCUUCCUUGUCUCAAGUGCCCUCAUGUUCUUCAUCAUGUGAAUGCUUCCUAAAUUGGUAUCUCUGCGGCAGCAAUUACACGAGUAUUGAGGUUAACUUCUCAAGCCCGCAAAUGCCGCAGCUGCAAGUGAGGAUAUGAUGCAACUCCGGCUUGCCAAUUUUCCUUCUGUCUUCCUCUCCAUCUUUCCCAUCCAACUUUUUAUUUUUCAUCCUGUUUUAAAGUUUUGCAUCUUAUUAAUAAAGGGGAGCUGAAUUAGCUUUUAUC